AGAUCGGGCUGUGCCAAGGGUUAUUAUAUACUACUCGGUCUUCAAGUACAUGAUGUGCUCCCCCCUCCAUUCUCCACCUCCCGCAUGGCAACUGCUCCCAAACCGAGGAAAAAAACCUGGGAUCCGUUUAGUCUUCUUGCAUAUGAUGCACUCCCGAAUCACCUGGAUGACUCUGACUCGGUCACAUCUGACCUGAAGUCUGCGACCAAUUUCUACGACCGCAGUCUAACAAGUCGUAGGUAUGCCCUCGCUGGUGUGGCAUGCUCAAUUAUUGUCAGCUGCUGUUGCAUCGUUGCAGGCGCUGUCAUCACGGCCGCUCCUGAAGGUGCGGUCACUUUGACAUCAGCAGGACAGAGCGGCACUGCGCUGCGGAAAGAGAUGGUGGUCAUAUCACUAAAUUUGAUCGUCACAUUAUGCACCGAAGCCAUAGGUUUCGUACACAACAUCUCAUUGCGCUCUGCGCUGGCUUCAGAGUCUCGGCUUCGUUUCAACUCUAAUCUGCGCCUUCUGACUGCAACUCGUGGAUGGAGCAACCCCAAUGGUUCUCUUCUUAAUGGUAUCAUGGUUGUCCUCCUCGUCAUAUCCUAUAGCUCAGCUUCACUGGUCGCAAUACCUUCCUACGGCUAUUUAAAUGAAUAUCUCGACACCCCCGCGACUAAUAUUAUCAUGGGGAUACCUCUCCUGAUUUUGGGAGUCGCACUUCUUCUCCAGGUGGUGAUCGCAUUGUCAGGGAUGCGAGCUAUCAAGAUAUUAACGUGGAGUUCUUCACCUUUCGAUUUGACCGCUGCUCUGGUCCACCACGCGCAAUUGACCCCAGCUCUUUUCCGGUGCAUGCGUGGUGUGUCCGACUUGGACAUGGAUGGAGGACCAGCGAAGCCAUCAGAGAAACAGCCUUCUGCAUGGCAUGCGCACCCUAGCAUUCGGAAAGUUAUCAUCUCCCUUUGGUGUCUUGUCGUAGCAUGCGCUGGAUGGGGUGUCCUCAUCCUGCGCAUCCAGGACACGCACGAUACGCAUGAAAUCCUCGAUCACAUAACCUGGAAAUCGUGGUCGUUCUUCCCUGACGAUUACAAUUUUUCAUACAGCCUUUAUUACUGGUUCGGAGGGGGCACGUCUCAUUGGUGGAUUAUGCCUUAUGUCAACCUGGCUGCUAUCCAGGGACCGUUGACACUUUGUCUACACUGCUCUGAGCUCAUCGCAAACGUCAUUCGGGACGAAGGGCAUUGGAGAUGCGCUACUGGACGAAAAGGGAUUCCAUCGGCGGUAAACCCGCUGAAUUCGGUUUUCGCCAAUCCACUCUGUCUUGCACUUUUUGUUGCAAAGCCUGUCCUGCACUGGAUAUUUGGGCUUUGUUUCGUGCUCUUCGCCACCAUCGACCUUGCAUAUGUCAACAUCGAUGUAUAUACGUUCCCAAUGCAGAUCUUGAACUUAUGGAUAGUGCUGUUUGUAUUCGCUUGUUUCUUCACUCUCGUGGCACUACGCCAACGGCGCGGACCCCAGCCAGCUGCAUAUGGUCACCUUCAGACACUGGCCAACCUCGUGGAUGAGUGGUCGCCUGUGAUGUGGUGGGGCCACAAGGAAGAUGGAACCCCGUAUUGUCAUGCUGGUAGGGUACUUGAAUGGUCACGAUGAGAGUGGUCAGCCGCUGCCGGCUGUGAAGAUGGACUGUGUUUAUGCUGGCACCAGCGUCGGGUCACAUCAUUCCGUCUCGACCUAAAUUCAUGUCAGGCGGGCUGGCGAUGCAUUGACGGCGCUCAUAGUCAGCUAUGCCAUGAGACGGGACAUAUUUGCGAUGUUUACGAUGUUUGUCGCGUUCAAGUUGGAGAUGGAUCGGGAUGUUGUCAUCUGGGCCCACUUCUUCGCGCGCCACGUUCAAUAGAAUUCGGCUUUCAGCGAAUGCACAAUUGGGACACAUUAGUGAUAGAGGAUAUGAUUUACAAGGCUGUGUAUGCUCGGAUUGUUCUGUAUUAGUAGUACUAAGUCACAGCGAAUCGUUUUGAUACCUUCGAACGGGG